AUGGCGUAUACCGAUGAUUCAGUUAAGGCCAAGCUGUCUGCUCUGAAUGAGACACAGGAGGGCAUUGUGACCGUCGCGCAAUGGGUUAUGUUUCACAGACGGCAUGCCGAGCGGACUGCACAACUCUGGCUCCAGAAACUCCGCGAUUCUCCAGCCGCGAAACGCCUCAACCUUAUAUACCUCGCAAACGAGGUUGCACAGCAGUCAAGAGCGCGCCGUAAAGAAGACUUUCUCAUCGCUUUCUCGCCUAUCAUUGCCGAAGCCGUGGCAACUGCCUACAAAGGUUCCUCAAAUGAUAUCCAGCAGAAGAUCAGGCGCGUGAUUGAGGUCUGGAGACAACGCUCUAUUUUUGAACUUCCAAUUCAGGAGGCAGUCGAAGCCCGUGUGGAUGAAAUCGACAAGUCGCGUUCCACUGGCAAGAAGCCAUUGCUCGGUGGCUCACUAUUUUCGAGUCCAUCCGGUUCAACACCGUCGGAGUUACAGCCAUUGGUUCCGCUCCAGGUAUCACUUUCAAAGGCGGCCGUUGCUUCUGGGACGUCUGGCACGGCCGCCAAUUCGGAAUACGAUAAGAUGAGUGAUCCCAAUGUUCCAUUACCGACUCCUCCUGUGCACGCGGCCCGUCUUAGUCAACUUCUGAAAACGCUUGCAAAUGCGGAAAGCUCCGUAUCAGAGGUCAUCAAGUCACGCGCUGCCCUUAUUGAUGGGUUGGAAAAACUUCUUGAAACCAACCGUACGGCUCUGUCGAAGGAGGAAGCUCUGGCAGUGCAGUUGCAAGAAAGAAAAGCCGAAACUGAAGCGAAGAAACGAGAUGUCGAGGAUGCAAUUAUGAGAGGCCUUUCCGCCGAGAAUACUCCAGCGGCCGAACUGGGAGCUACUGGGGAAACUGGAGACGCCGUUUCUCGGCCAGAAGUAGAAGCUCUCACGCCGCCUCCUGUUGAGGCUAUUACACCAGUUGGCUCGCCGAAGCGAGAACUGCCGUCCAACGAGGAAAACGGAGGUCACUCGAUUGCAGGUUUCUCAUUGGGAUUCGACAACACUAUCGAUGCUUCCAUUCCUGGACUCAGCGGCCUAGGCCAACCUUCCACAACAGGGUAUGGAGAGGUCGCGCAAGACAGUAUGAACGGAUUCCAGGCCAAAAAGAGGAAAGUCGCACAUGAAGAGGAGGACUAUGCAAAGUUCGCAGGUGGUGAUCUCGAUGCGGAUGUUGCAGAGCUAUUGAACCAGGAAAGCCAGGCCCAGGGAUGA